UUUUGCUGUGUUUGAAUUUCCAUUUCUUAAAUUAUGAAUCAACAAAAUCAACGGCGACAAUCCGAAGACGGUGAUGAUGAUAAUUCGAUAUCAUCAUUUGUAAGCAUUCACCGUCAUUGUAAUCGUCAUUUUAUACAGCAACAACAACAACAACGAUUACAAUUAAAAUCAAAUCAGAUGACAAUCAUUAUGAUGGCAUUAUUUACGAUAUCAUUAUUGUUGGCAAUGUUAACUAUUAAUGUUAAUGGUCAAGAUUUACCUGAUCAAUUGAAUCAAAGAAAAAAAUGUACCCAAUAUGGACAUUCUUGUUUGGGUGGCCAUGGUAAACGCAGUUCAUCAUCAUCAGCCGCAUCUCCAUCCGCAUCAUCAUCGUCGUCGGCCGCAUUAUCAUCGGAAAAUUUUUCCCUAAUACAACAAUUACAACAACAACAACAAAAACAUUUAAAUAAUAAUAAUAAACCAUUAUCAAUACCGUUGUAUGUUUAUCGUAAUCAACAAUUAGAAUUACCAUUAUCACCAACAACAACAACAAUAUCUGCUGCAUCUAAUAACGAUGAUAAUGAUAAUGAUGAUAAUGGUAAUCGAUUUCAGUUAGGACCAUUGAUACGUUUAGCUUAUUUGGAACAUUUGUUAAAUACAAACAACAAAGAUAAUGAUCAAGUUGAUCAACUGACUGCUGAUCAAUUAUCAUCAUCGAUCGGUGGUGGUAGUGGUCAUUCAAUAUUGGAUCGGUUACGUUCACAACAGCAGCAACAACGACAACAACAACAACAACGAUUAUCAUUAUGGAAUAAUGGUAAUUCGAUUACAAUCAGAAAUCCAGUGUAAUCUGACCAGAAAGAAAGAAAACCAACCAGACAGGAAAAAAAAUACUGUGGAAUCUCAUUCAUUAAAUUCAUCAAAAAAAAAACAAUAAAAUUUUAAUCAAAACAGAAAAA